AUGAAGACAAUCAGGUGUGCAAUAGAAGGUGGUGUGCAGGUGGACAGUUUGUUGGCCAUGCUGGUUGCGGAAAACGGUUCCCAGCCUCCGCUGACUGACGACUGCGUGGCAGGGGUCGUAACUAUUGAGUCCGCUGGUAAGGCUCCUGUUGAAGCGUUGGUGCUGGCACCGGAACAGUCCUUCAUGAAAUUCAAAAUUAACGGAUUCAACUGGAGAGAAGACGCUCUGCGAAUCAAAAUUUACCGACGACCAGGCGAUAGUAGUGCAGAUAUUGAUUAUGAAACGGAUCCUACCAAUCCCCUGUACCUCGACGAGGCCAGCAAUCCACAUGGAUACACGGACGAUAAUAACAGCAUGUUCAGCGACGGUGCCACUGAAGGUGGUACAACUGCAGCUAGCUAUGACGGCAGCUUCGGCGUGAGUUCGGUAAAUACAUUCGGCGACGGUCAUGAUACCGGCCAUGUCGCCGGUCAGAGCACGCUUAGUUACGCGGAGUCAAUGGCUACACUGAAGAAACAGCUGGCUGAUAUAGAAUGGAGCCUGGCCGCUACCGGUGGUAAAGAUGCAACACUCCAGAGGAAGGCGGGGUACAGGGACCCGAGAGGUGGUGAAGAACGGGAUGAUGUUGAGGAGCCUUUAUUGGGAGACUUCAAAGAUGCUGGCACGCUUGGAAGAAAAGUACGAUUGGCAGAAGUACGAUUGGUAGAGACACUACCGGUAGAGACACCCUCGGCAGACGCGGCGGUCAGCAGUCCUACGAAACGGACGGAGGAUUCAGAAGUACGAAACGGACUGAAGCUAGUGGAAUGA